GCAUAUCAUGAGUCAUGAUGAAGAUGAUGAGUUUAUGCUUCUUAUUAUGGCUGGGUUUACUAUUCAUCAUAGAAAUGAUAUUAUUGCGUCCCAUUAUUACAAACAUAUGUAUAAGGAGCCUUGCAUGACAUCAACUUUAAGUGGGGAGGCUUGGAUGCAAGAGGUGCUCAAUGGUCAUCCUAUUCUUUGUGUUAAUGCCUUUAGGAUGUCACCAGAUUUAUUCGCGCACCUAUGUAAGGAUUUGCAAUCAAAAUAUGAUUUCACAUCAAGUGACAAAAUCACAAUUGAAGAAAAAGUAGGUAUAUUUAUAUACACUCUAGCUUUGGGCCUUUCAAAUCGGGAUGUGACUGAGAGGUUCCAAAGAUCUGGAGAUACUGUAAGUCGGGCAUUUCAUGAUGUCUUAGAAUCCGUCACAGGUAGGAGUAAGGGAUAUAAGGGACUUGCACGUGAUAUGAUUGCAACAAUUGAUCGGGCCUUCCCGUAUAUCCCUUAUCAUAUUUUUAAGGAUAAAAGAUAUAUGCCAUAUUUCAAGGAUUGCAUCGGGUGUAUCGAUGGAACACACAUAGCUGCAUGUAUCCCAGUAAAGGAACAACUGCGUUAUAGAGGAAGAAAAGGUAUCCCGACCUUUAAUGUUAUGGUUGUGUGUGAUUUCAACAUGUGUUUUACAUUUCUAUCAGUAGGGCGGGAGGGAUCAGAUCAUGAUACACGUGUAUUCCUUCAUUCUAUAGAGACACCGUCAUUGAACUUUCCACAUCCACCUGAAGGUAGAUAUUACUUGGUGGAUAAAGGCUAUCCGGAUCGAAAAGGAUAUCUUGUUCCUUAUCCCAAGCUACGAUACCACUUGGAGCAAUUUGAAAAUGAAGCACCAACAAAUGCUCAAGAAGCUUUCAAUCGCUCACACUCAUCUCUUCGUAGUUGCAUAGAGCGUUCUUUUGGGGUUUUGAAAAAGAGGUGGAAAAUCUUAUCAAGAUUGCCUAUGUUUAGCGUUAAAAUGCAGA